AUGGCACCACCCUCGCCCGCCACAGGCGCUGCACACCCACUAAAGCUGCUACACAUCCGGCUCCCCUCACGCAUCCAGUACACCACCGCCCUCCGCCUCCAAGACUCUCUCUUGAACCUGCACUGGCGGCACCGCGCGGCUCUCAAAGCCCCCACCCCAACCCACAAACCCCCACCACCACCACCAAUCCUCCUAACCUUCACCACCCCCCCAACCUACACCGUCGGCCGCCGCCACCUCCAACAGCACCCUCUAUCUCCCUCACAAAUCGCCUUCCUCACCCGCUCCGCCACCGCCGCCACCUUCCACGCCUCCUCCCGCGGCGGCCUCCUCACCUACCACGGCCCGGGACAACUCACCGCCUUCCCGCUCGUGGAUUUACGCCGCUUCGGCCUCUCAGCGCGCUGCUAUGUCUCCUUGCUCGAGGGCGCCGUGAUACGGACGUGCGAUGCCUUCCUCGCCACUGGAAACCAAUUGACACAGCGGAGGAGGAGGGCGACGGGGCGCAGCGCGGGGGAUCCUGGCGUCUGGAUGCUGACUGAUGACGGGGAGGGAGGGGCAAGUGACCGCAAGAUCUGUGCGUUGGGCGUGCAGGUCUCGAGGGGGGUGGGGGGCUAUGGGCUGGGGUUGAAUGUGAGGGAUGAGGGGAUAGAGGAGGCGGAGAGGGGGAGGUUUGUGUUUGAUGACCAGCUUCCGGUGCCGCUUCCUGCCGGUGCCAGUGCCGAUACCGAUGCCAAUGCCGAGGCAGUGGUAGGGGAAGACGGGGGCAGCAGCGACGCCGAGGAAAAAGGCUAUCUCUCAUGGGGCUUCGGCCGCAUCGUCGCCUGCGGCCUCGAAGGGAAACGCACCACGUGGCUGACGCGCGAAGGCGCCGACCCAGCCCAAACACACGUUGGGCCCGUGGCGAACAGGCUGGCGGAGGAGCUGGUUCUUGGUCUCAAUGAGAUGAGUGGCAGUGGAAAGGAGACGGUGCAGGGAGUCCGCACGCUGGAGCUCGAGCUCGCGGAGGGGGAUGUGCGGGAUCUAGAGACGGGAGUGUUGAGGAUUGAGGAGAUGGUGGAAGAGGAAAGGGGGAUUAAGAGCUGA